AUGUCGGUGUGGAACCCGGAAAACAUCAAGGACGUCGCCGAGUCAGUAGGCAUCUCCGCGUUGAACAACGAUGUAGUCGAGAACCUUUCCCGCGAUGUAGAGUACCGUCUGUCGCAAGUGCUCGAAGAAGCGCUCAAAUUCAUGAGACACAGCAAGCGCACAACCCUGUCCACACAAGACAUUGCCCAAGCAUUACGAGUCCUUGAUGUCGAGCCCUUGUAUGGAUAUGAAUCGACGCGACCUCUUCGAUUCGGCGAAGCGUCCAUUGGCCCAGGCCAACCAUUGUUCUACGUUGAAGACGAGGAAGUCGACUUUGAGAAGCUCAUCAAUGCACCGCUUCCGAAAGUUCCUCGGGAGAUUUCAUUCACAGCCCACUGGCUUGCCGUCGAAGGCGUCCAACCGUCAAUCCCACAGAAUCCUACAUCAGCCGACUCGCGCAACCAAGAGCUGGUACCCAAGGGUCCAGGAGCAAAUGCCAGCCUAGGUGCCGCCGGAGGAGAAGACAAUUUCGCUGUCAAGCCGCUAGUAAAACACAUCUUGUCCAAAGAGUUACAGCUGUACUUUGAGCGAGUCUGCGGCGCUGUGCUUGACGAAAACAACGACGAAUACCGCGUGGCUGCACUGGCCAGCUUACGCAGUGAUCCUGGCCUGCACCAGCUCGUGCCGUACUUUGUGCAAUUCGUCGCCGAGAAGGUCACGCAUAGCUUAAACAGCCUCUUUAUCUUGACGCAGAUGAUGCAGCUUACUUCGGCCAUGCUUGACAAUUCAAGCCUUUACGUCGAUCCUUACGUCGCAUCAAUCAUCCCUCCCAUCCUCACAUGCCUCAUCGGGCGCCGUCUCGGCGGCGGAGGAGGAGGUGCAGGAGGAGGGGGCGUCGACUCCAACAACGCCAGCGGACCAUCUCCCCUCGCACACUUCGCCCUGCGCGAUAUCGCUGCCUCUCUCAUCGCCAAAAUCUCCACCAAAUACGCCAAAGCCAGCCACACGCUCAACCCACGACUCGCACGUACCUGUCUGAAACACUUUCUUGACCCACACCGGUCAUUCGGCGUGCACUAUGGCGCAAUUCACGGCCUGACCGCUAUUGGCGGAGCCGAUAUUGUCCGCGUCUUGAUCCUGCCGAAUCUGAAGCCCUACGAUGGCAUUCUCCAAGACCGUAUUGCCGAGGACCAAGGUUCCCAGCAGCAGCCGCCAGGAACAAGCUCGAAGAAAAUCGAGGCCGAGAAAGUCGUGGAUGCGAUUCUUUCUGCGCUGGAGAGGCUAGAGGUUGAUUCGCUGGGCCGCCCGGUGUCGGGGCCCACAGAUACAUCGGAUCUCAGUGAAGAAAUCAAGCAGAGACUUGUCGAGAAAGUGGGUGAUAUUGUUGGAAUGCGUGUCUGGGAGACACGAAGACCGGGCUUGGUUCGUGCGGUGCUCGAGGACAGGCUUGCUGCUUAA